AUGGGCCUGUCCCCCCGGGGGCGGCCGAAAUUACGACCCCAGCCGCCACCGAAGACGUUCCUUGAAAAGGAAGAAGAUGAUAGGAGCGAGUCGAGCUCGGACCUGUUCGAGAUCGAGAGCGUGACGAUGAGUCGUGCGGGGUACGAGCCGAGCGGGGCGAGCAUAGCGUGGAGUGUGGUGACGGCGAGCGCCGCCAAUGUGUCGGUGGCGUCGGAUGGGAGUUGGGAGAUUGGGAAGGGGAGAAGGAAAAGCGCCGGGCUUUUGCUCGCCGGAUGUUCCAGUCAUAAGGCGGUGGAAGUGAGCACUACGACGGCGGCUGUGGAGGUGGCAGAGAGCUCCAUAUCGCCGGUGGUGGCCAGAUACCAUGUUGACUUGGAGGCUGGUGGUGGGUCGGGCCGGAUUGUUGCAGGCCGGGCCAAGGGGACGUCGUGGCACAGUGGGUCGGGCAGAAUGAUAGUGCUGUGAUUGUAUCGUAAGCUGCUAUUGUGAUAAUUUGUAGGUGAAUAAUUUGGGUUAAAUUCUCUGGUUUUAAAU